CGAAGGGCGGCGGAGGGCUGCGGGCUGCGGGCUGCGGGCGGCCGUGGGACAUGACGGCCGGCCGCCAGGCCGAGGGCGCGGACCUCGACCCCGCCUCCGCGCGGCUGCCCUCCCGGCUCGCCAAGCUGCUGUCGGCGCUUUUCUACGGGACUUGCUCCUUCCUCAUCGUGCUGGUCAACAAGGCACUGCUGACCACCUACCGAUUCCCAUCACCAAUUUUUCUUGGAAUUGGGCAGAUGGCAGUGACCAUAAUGAUACUGUAUGUAUCCAAACUAAAUAAACUAAUUCAUUUCCCUGAUUUUGACAAGAAAAUUCCUGUGAAGCUGUUUCCUCUGCCUCUCCUCUACGUUGGAAACCACAUAAGUGGAUUAUCAAGCACAAGUAAAUUAAGCUUGCCGAUGUUCACUGUGCUCAGGAAAUUUACCAUUCCACUCACUUUACUCCUGGAAACCAUCAUACUUGGGAAACAGUAUUCCUUGAGCAUCAUCGUCAGUGUUUUUACCAUUGUGCUUGGUGCUUUCAUAGCAGCUGGUUCUGACCUCGCCUUUAACUUGGAAGGCUAUAUUUUUGUAUUCCUGAAUGAUAUCUUCACAGCAGCAAAUGGAGUUUAUACCAAACAGAAAAUGGACCCCAAGGAGUUGGGGAAAUAUGGAGUGCUUUUCUACAAUGCCUGCUUCAUGAUUAUACCGACUCUUAUCAUUAGUGUCUCUACCGGAGACCUUCAACAGGAAUGUGUGUUCCCACAUCCAAACCUUUGCUUUAUGAACAGGCUACUGAAUUCAAUGAAUGGAAGAAUGUUCUCUUUAUCAUACAGUUUCUUCUUUCCUGUUUUUUGGGGUAAGAAGUCCCAGGUUUCUGUUGAUGUACUCCACAGUUCUAUGCAGCUUUUACAAUUCGGCCCUCACAACAGCAGUGGUUGGAGCCAUCAAGAAUGUAUCCAUUGCCUACAUUGGAAUGUUAGUUGGUGGAGACUAUAUUUUCUCUAUGUUAAACUUUGUAGGGUUAAAUAUUUGCAUGGCAGGGGGCUUGAGAUACUCCUUUUUAACUCUGAGUGGCCAUUUGAACCCUAAACAACCCAUGGACGAAGAAAACAUUCCUCAGGAUUUGAAGAGUUACAAUCUGAGGCAAGAUUGCAG